GAGGCAUAGGGAUCACCAGCGCCGGCGGAGCCAGCGGCUUCUUGGAGGCUGUGUCCGCACGCCGCCGAAGUCUGGCGGCAGGGCCUUAGCGCUUCAGGUCCUCGUCCCCGGGGGCGGCGAGGGCGGCGAGCCGCUGGGGCGGCGCGGGUCGGGACCCAGGGCACGGUCGAGCUAGGGCGCGGCGGGCGUUGGCGCGGCUGCCGGACCUGGGCCUGCGCGGACCGCCCGCGGCGCGCGUCUUGGGCUGUCUUUCCAUUUCAAAGUGAUUAUUCUUUUGGAUUUUUCUGCAGACGUGACUUUUGAUUAAUUUGUUUCACGCACCACUUACUGGACUAACAACUGGGAGGAAGCUGGAGGAAAGAUGCCCUCUGAUUCUUUCUGUUUGGCUGCCCAGACUCGACUUGACUCCAAAUGGUUGAAAACAGAUAUACAGCUUGCUUUCACACGAGAUGGGCUCUGUGGCCUGUGGAAUGAAAUGGUUAAAGAUGGAGAAAUUGUAUAUACUGGGACAGAAUUAAACCAGAAUGGAGAGCUUCCUUCUAGAAAAGAUGAUGGAGUUGAUACUCAAAGUGGAACAAAGAAAGAAGAUCUGAAUGACAAAGAGAAAAGAGAUGAAGAAGAAACUCCUGCACCUGCAUGUAGGGCCAGAUCAAUCCUAGAGAGCUGGGUAUGGGGCAAACAACCAGAUGUGAAUGAAUUGAAAGAAUGUCUUUCUGUGUUGGUUAAAGAGCAGCAAGCUCUGGCCAUCCAGUCAGCCACUACCACCCUUUCAGCCCUGAGACUCAAGCAGAGGCUGGUCAUCUUGGAACGAUAUUUCAUUGCCUUGAAUAGAACUGUUUUCCAAGAGAAUGUCAAAGUUAAGUGGAAAAGCAGCAGUAUUUCUUUGCCUCCUGUGGACAAAAAAAGUUCCCGACCCACAGGCAAAGGAGUUGAAGGACUUGCGAGAGUCGGAUCCCGAGCAGCUCUCUCCUUUGCCUUUGCCUUUUUACGCAGGGCGUGGCGAUCAGGUGAAGAUGCGGAUCUAUGCAGCGAGCUAUUGCAGGAGUCCCUGGAUGCCCUGAGAGCCCUGCCUGAGGCCUCGCUCUUUGAUGAGAGCACAGUGUCCUCUGUGUGGCUGGAGGUGGUAGAGAGAGCAGCCAAGUUCCUUAGAUCCGUCGUGACAGGAGAUGUUCAUGGAACGCCUGGUACCAAAGGGCCAGGAAGCAUCCCCCUGCAGGACCAGCACCUGGCCCUGGCCAUUCUGUUAGAGCUGGCUGUGCAGAGAGGCACACUGAGCCAGAUGUUAUCUGCCAUCCUGUUGUUGCUUCAAUUGUGGGACAGUGGGACGCAGGAAACUGACAAUGAGCGGUCUGCCCAGGGUACCAGUGCUCCUCUUCUCCCUUUGCUGCAAAGAUUCCAGAGUAUCAUCUGCAGUAAAGAUGCCCCUCAUAUAGAAGGUGACGCUCACCUUUUGUCUGGUCCUCUGAGCCCUAAUGAGAGUUUUCUGAGAUACCUUACUCUUCCACAAGAUAAUGAGCUCGCCAUUGACUUACAACAAACUGCAGUUGUUGUCAUGGCCCAUUUAGACCGCCUGGCUACUCCCUGUAUGCCACCUCUGUGUAGCUCGCCAACAUCUCAUAAGGGAUCAUUGCAAGAGGUCAUAGGAUGGGGGUUAAUAGGAUGGAAAUACUAUGCCAAUGUGAUUGGUCCAAUUCAGUGUGAAGGACUUGCCAAUCUGGGAGUCACACAAAUUGCCUGUGCUGAGAAGCGCUUCCUGAUCUUGUCAAGGAAUGGCCGUGUGUACACACAGGCCUACAACAGUGACACACUGGCCCCACAGCUGGUCCAGGGUCUUGCCUCCAGAAACAUUGUAAAGAUUGCUGCCCAUUCUGAUGGUCACCACUACCUGGCUCUGGCAGCCACCGGAGAGGUGUACUCCUGGGGCUGUGGGGAUGGAGGACGGUUGGGCCAUGGGGACACUGUGCCUUUGGAAGAGCCUAAGGUGAUCUCUGCUUUCUCUGGAAAGCAGGCUGGGAAGCAUGUGGUGCACAUCGCAUGUGGAAGCACAUAUAGUGCAGCCAUCACUGCCGAGGGGGAGCUGUACACCUGGGGCCGAGGGAACUACGGCCGACUAGGCCAUGGCUCCAGUGAAGACGAGGCCAUCCCAGUGCUGGUAGCUGGGCUUAAAGGAUUGAAGGUCAUUGAUGUGGCAUGCGGGAGCGGGGACGCUCAAACCCUGGCUGUGACGGAGAAUGGUCAGGUGUGGUCUUGGGGAGAUGGUGACUAUGGAAAAUUGGGCAGAGGUGGUAGUGAUGGCUGCAAAACACCAAAGCUUAUUGAAAAGCUUCAAGACUUGGAUGUUGUGAAAGUCCGAUGUGGAAGUCAGUUUUCUAUCGCUUUGACGAAAGAUGGCCAGGUUUAUUCAUGGGGAAAAGGUGACAAUCAGAGACUAGGGCAUGGAACAGAGGAACAUGUUCGUUAUCCCAAACUCUUGGAAGGCUUGCAAGGGAAGAAGGUAAUUGAUGUGGCUGCAGGCUCCACCCACUGCCUGGCUCUGACUGAGGACAGUGAGGUCCAUAGCUGGGGCAGCAACGACCAGUGUCAGCACUUUGACACCUUGCGUGUGACCAAACCAGAACCUGCUGCGCUGCCAGGACUGGAUACCAAACACAUAGUUGGAAUUGCCUGUGGACCUGCUCAGAGUUUUGCUUGGUCAUCUUGUUCUGAGUGGUCCAUUGGCCUCCGUGUCCCUUUUGUGGUAGAUAUCUGCUCAAUGACUUUUGAGCAGCUGGACCUCCUACUACGGCAAGUGAGUGAGGGGAUGGACGGCACUGCUGACUGGCCUCCACCUCAAGAGAAAGAAUGUAUGGCUGUGGCAACACUGAAUCUUCUACGACUUCAGUUGCAUGCUGCCAUUAGUCACCAGGUUGACCCAGAAUUCCUUGGUUUAGGUCUGGGCAGCGUCCUCCUCAACAGCCUGAAACAGACUGUGGUGUCUCUGGCCAGCAGUGCAGGUGUGCUGAGCACCGUGCAGGCAGCUGCCCAGGCUGUGCUGCAGAGUGGGUGGUCCGUGCUUCUGCCCACUGCUGAGGAAAGGGCCCGGGCGCUCUCUGCUCUCCUGCCCUGUGCAGUUUCAGGCAAUGAAGUAAACAUAAGUCCAGGUCGUCGAUUCAUGAUUGAUCUUCUGGUGGGCAGCUUGAUGGCCGAUGGAGGCUUAGAGUCGGCCUUAAAUGCAGCCAUUACUGCAGAAAUCCAGGAUAUGGAAGCCAAAAAAGAAGCACAGAAGGAAAAAGAAAUUGAUGAACAGGAAGCCAGUGCCUCGACAUUUCAUAGAAGUAGGACUCCAUUGGAUAAAGAUCUUAUUAAUACUGGGAUCUAUGAAUCUUCUGGAAAACAGUGUUUGCCUCUGGUUCAGCUCAUACAACAGCUUCUUAGAAACAUUGCUUCUCAGACAGUAGCCAGAUUGAAAGAUGUUGCCCGUCGGAUUUCAUCAUGUCUAGACUUUGAGCAACAUAGUCGUGAAAGAACUGCUUCAUUGGAUUUGUUGCUGCGCUUUCAGCGCCUACUUAUCAGUAAACUUUAUCCAGGAGAAAGUAUUGGUCAGACCUCAGAUAUAUCUAGUCCUGAGCUUAUGGGUGUUGGUUCCUUGCUGAAGAAGUACACAGCCCUUUUGUGCACACACAUUGGAGAUAUACUGCCUGUGGCAGCCAGCAUUGCUUCCACCAGCUGGCGGCACUUUGCAGAGGUGGCCUGCAUUGUGGAAGGGGACUUCACUGGUGUUCUCCUUCCAGAACUAGUAGUUUCUAUAGUGCUUCUGCUCAGUAAAAAUGCUGGUCUCAUGCAGGAGGCUGGAGCUGUCCCUCUGCUGGGUGGCCUGUUAGAACACCUGGAUCGGUUCAAUCACCUUGCACCGGGAAAGGAAAGGGAUGAUAAUGAAGAGUUAGCCUGGCCUGGCAUCAUGGAAUCAUUUUUUACAGGUCAGAACUGUAGAAAUAAUGAGGAGGUGACACAGAUACGCAAAGCUGAUUUGGAGAACCACAAUAAAGAUGGAGGCUUCUGGACUGUGAUUGAUGGGAAAGUAUAUGAUAUAAAGGACUUCCAGACACAGUCAUUGACAGGAAAUAGUAUUCUUGCUCAGUUUGCAGGGGAAGACCCAGUGGUAGCUUUGGAAGCUGCUUUGCAGUUUGAAGACACCCGGGAAUCAAUGCAUGCCUUCUGUGUUGGCCAGUAUCUGGAGACUGAUGAUGAAAUUUAUCUUUCCAAGCCUGACCAAGAAGUUGUUACCAUACCAGAUCUGGGAAGUCUCUCUUCACCUCUGAUAGACACAGAAAGGAAUCUGGGCCUACUUCUCGGAUUACAUGCUUCCUAUUUAGCUAUGAGCACACCACUGUCUCCGGUUGAGAUCGAAUGUGCCAAGUGGCUUCAGUCAUCCAUCUUCUCUGGAGGCCUACAGACCAGCCAGAUCCACUAUAGCUACAAUGAGGAGAAAGACGAGGACCAUUGUAGCUCUCCUGGAGGCACUCCUGCUAGCAAGUCCCGACUCUGUUCCCACAGACGGGCCUUGGGCGACCAUUCCCAGGCAUUCCUGCAAGCCAUUGCUGACAAUAACAUACAGGAUCACAAUGUGAAGGACUUUCUGUGUCAAAUAGAAAGGUACUGUAGGCAGUGCCAUUUGACCACACCAAUCACUUUUCCUCCUGAGCACCCUGUGGAAGAGGUUGGCCGCUUACUAUUAUGUUGCCUUUUAAAGCAUGAAGAUUUAGGUCACGUGGCAUUAUCUUUAGUUCAUGCAGGAACACUUGGUAUUGAGCAAGUAAAGCACAGAACAUUGCCUAAAUCAGUAGUGGAUGUUUGUAGAGUUGUUUACCAAGCAAAAUGCUCACUCAUUAAGACGCAUCAAGAACAGGGUCGUUCUUACAAGGAAGUCUGCGCUCCAGUCAUUGAACGUUUGAGGUUCCUCUUUAAUGAACUAAGACCUGCAGUUUGUAAUGAUCUCUCUAUAAUGUCCAAGUUUAAACUGUUAAGUUCUUUGCCCCGUUGGAGGAGGAUAGUUCAGAAGAUAAUUCGAGAACGAAGGAAAAAGAGAGUUCCUAAGAAGCCAGAAUCUACAGAUGAUGAAGAAAAAAUUGGAAAUGAAGAGAGCGAUUUAGAAGAAGCUUGCAUUUUGCCACAUAGUCCUAUAAAUGUGGAUAAAAGACCCAUUACAAUUAAAUCACCUAAGGAUAAAUGGCAACCACUGUUGAGUACCGUUACAGGUGUUCACAAAUACAAGUGGUUGAAGCAGAAUGUUCAGGGUCUCUAUCCCCAGUCUGCGCUCCUCAGUACAAUUGCUGAAUUUGCCCUUAAGGAAGAGCCAGUGGAUGUGGAAAAAAUGAGAAAGUGCCUACUAAAACAGUUGGAGAGAGCAGAAGUUCGUCUGGAAGGGAUAGAUACAAUUUUAAAACUGGCAACCAAAAAUUUCUUACUUCCAUCUGUGCAGUAUGCUAUGUUCUGUGGAUGGCAAAGACUUAUUCCUGAGGGGAUUGAUAUAGGGGAACCUCUUACGGAUUGCCUAAAGGAUGUUGAUUUGAUCCCACCUUUUAAUCGGAUGCUGCUGGAAGUAACUUUUGGCAAGCUAUAUGCUUGGGCUGUUCAGAAUAUUCGAAAUGUUUUGAUAGAUGCAAAUGCAAAAUUUAAAGAGCUUGGUAUCCAGCCUGUCCCUCUACAAACCAUUACCAAUGAGAACCCGUCAGGACCAAGCCUGGGGACGACCCCACAAGCUCGCUUUCUCCUGGUGAUGCUCAGCAUGCUCACCCUGCAACAUGGUGCAAACAACCUGAACCUCCUGCUGAACUCUGGCAUGCUUGCCCUGACACAGACAGCACUUCGGCUGAUUGGUCCUAGUUGUGAUAAUGUUGAAGAGGAUAUGAAUGCUUCUGCCCGAGGAGCUUCUGCUACAGUUUUGGAAGAGACAAGAAAGGAAACGGCUCCUGUACAGCUGCCAGUUUCAGGGCCAGAACUGGCUGCCAUGAUGAAGAUUGGAACCAGGGUCAUGAGAGGCGUUGAUUGGAAAUGGGGUGAUCAGGAUGGACCUCCUCCUGGUCUUGGGCGUGUGAUUGGUGAACUUGGAGAGGACGGAUGGAUCAGGGUCCAGUGGGACACAGGCAGCACCAACUCCUACAGGAUGGGGAAAGAAGGGAAGUAUGACCUCAAGUUGGCGGAGCUGCCAGCCUCAACACAGCCCUCAGCAGAGGACUCGGACACAGAGGAUGACUCUGCUGAACAAAUUGAAAGGAACAUUCAUCCCACUGCAAUGAUGCUUACCAGUACUGUUAAUUUACUACAAACUCUUUGUCUCUCUGCUGGAGUCCAUGCUGAAAUCAUGCAGAGUGAAGCCACCAAGACCCUGUGUGGACUGCUGCGAAUGUUAGUGGAAAGUGGAACGACGGACAAGACAUCUUCCCCAAACAGGCUGGUCUUCCGGGAGCAGCACCGGAGCUGGUGCACGUUGGGCUUUGUGCGGAGCAUCGCACUCACGCCACACAUGUGUGCUGCCCUGAGCUCCCCACAGUGGAUUGCCCUGCUCAUGAAGGUUGUGGAGGGACAUGCACCUUUCACUGCUGCCUCGCUGCAGCGACAGAUCUUAGCUGUGCAUUUACUGCAAGCAGUGCUUCCAUCAUGGGACAAGAUCGAAAGGGCAAGGGACAUGAAAUGCCUUGUGGAAAAGCUGUUUGGUUUCUUGGGCAGCUUGCUCACCACCUGUUCUUCAGAUAUCCCGUUCCUCAGAGAAUCUACUCUGAGGCGGCGGAGGGCACGCCCACAGGCCUCUCUGACUGCCACUCAUAGCAGCACCUUGGCAGAAGAGGUGGUGGCACUGCUCCGCACACUCCACUCCCUGGGUCAGUGGAACAGCCUCAUAAACAAGUACAUCAACUCUCAGCUCCACUCUGUCACCCGAAGCUGCACAGGAAAGCCACCAGAGGGGGCCCUGUUAGAGGAUUACUUUCCUGACUCCGAAAACCCAGAGGUGGGGGGCCUCAUGGCAGUCCUAGCUGUGAUCGGAGGCAUCGAUGGUCGCCUGCGCCUGGGGGGACAAGUCAUGCAUGAUGAGUUUGGAGAAGGCACGGUGACUCGCAUCACCCCAAAGGGCAGAAUCACUGUACAGUUCUCAGACAUGCGGAUGUGUCGCGUUUGCCCAUUGAAUCAGCUCAAACCACUCCCUGCUGUGGCAUUCAGUGUCACCAACCUCCCCUUCACAGAGCCUAUGCUAUCUGUCUGGGCUCAAUUGGUAAACCUUGCUGGAAGCAAACUGGAAAAGCACAAAGUAAAGAAGUCACCUAAACCGGGUUUUGCAGGACAAGUAGACCUGGAGCUGCUGAGGUGCCAGCAGUUAAAACUGUACAUCCUGAAGGCGGGCCGUGCGCUGCUUUCACACCAGGACCAGCUUAGGCAGAUCUUGUCUCAGCCGGCUGUUCAGGAGAUCACAGCUGCUCAUACAGAUGAUGGAGCAGCUGCAUCCCCUGACCUUGGGGACAUGUCUCCUGAAGGGCCACAGCCUCCAAUGAUCCUCUUGCAGCAGUUACUGGCCUCGGCCACCCAGCCAUCUCCAGUGAAGGCCAUAUUUGACAAACAGGAGCUAGAGGCUGCAGCACUGGCCGUAUGUCAGUGUUUGGCUGUGGAGUCCACUCACCCGUCAAGCCCUGUGUUUGAAGACUGCAGCUCCAGUGAGGCCACAACACCUGUCCCUGUACAGCAUGUUCGCCCUGUCAGAGCAAAGAAGCGCAAACAGUCACCUGCUCCUGCUCUGCCUAUUGUGGUUCAACUCAUGGAAAUGGGAUUUCCUAGAAGGAACAUAGAGUUUGCACUGAAGUCACUCACUGGUGCCUCAGGGAAUGCUGCUGGCUUGCCGGGUGUGGAGGCCUUGGUUGGGUGGCUGCUGGACCAUGCUGAUGUGCAGGUCACAGAUCUUUCGGAUGCAGACACAGGGUCUGAGGAGUGUUCAGAUGAGGAGGUGGUGGAGGAUAUGGACGACGCAGCCUACGCUGUGUCUACUGGUGCUGUUGUAACAGAGAGCCAGACGUACAAAAAACGAGCUGAUUUCUUGAGUAAUGAUGAUUAUGCUGUCUAUGUGAGAGAGAAUAUUCAGGUGGGAAUGAUGGUUAGAUGCUGUCGAACAUAUGAAGAAGUGUGUGAAGGAGACGUGGGCAAAGUUAUCAAACUGGAUAGAGAUGGAUUACAUGACCUUAAUGUGCAGUGUGAUUGGCAGCAGAAAGGAGGCACUUACUGGGUUAGGUAUAUUCAUGUGGAACUUAUAGGCUAUCCUCCACCAAGUUCUCCUUCUCACAUAAAGAUUGGUGAUAAAGUUCGUGUCAAAGCCUCAGUCACCACACCAAAAUACAAGUGGGGAUCUGUGACUCAUCAAAGUGUGGGGGUUGUAAAAGCAUUCAGUGCAAAUGGAAAAGAUGUCAUUGUCGACUUCCCUCAGCAGUCUCACUGGACUGGGCUGUUAUCAGAAAUGGAGUUGGUGCCUAGUGUUCAUCCUGGGGUUACGUGUGAUGGCUGUCAGAUGUUUCCUAUCAAUGGAUCAAGAUUCAAAUGCAGAAACUGUGAUGACUUUGAUUUUUGUGAAACAUGUUUUAAAACCAGAAAACACAACACCAGGCAUACAUUUGGCAGAAUAAAUGAACCAGGACAGUCUGCAAUAUUUUGUGGCCGUGCUGGAAAACAGCUGAAGCGUUGUCACAGCAGUCAGCCAGGAAUGCUGCUGGACAGCUGGUCCCGGAUGGUAAAGAGCCUAAAUGUGUCAUCCUCUGUGAACCAGGCUUCUCGUCUUAUUGAUGGCAGUGAGCCCUGCUGGCAGUCUUCUGGCUCACAAGGAAAGCAUUGGAUUCGUUUGGAGAUUUUCCCAGAUGUUCUUGUUCAUAGAUUAAAAAUGAUAGUUGAUCCUGCUGACAGUAGCUACAUGCCUUCCCUGGUUGUGGUGUCAGGUGGAAAUUCCCUAAAUAACCUAAUUGAACUAAAGACAAUCAACAUUAAUCCCACUGACACCACAGUGUCCCUUCUGAAUGACUGCACAGAGUAUCACAGGUAUAUUGAAAUUGCAAUAAAGCAGUGCAGGAGCUCAGGAAUUGAUUGUAAAAUUCAUGGUCUCAUCCUGCUGGGGCGGAUCCGUGCAGAGGAGGAAGAUUUAGCUGCAGUUCCUUUCUUAGCCUCUGAUAAUGAAGAGGAAGAAGAUGAAAAAGGAAACAGUGGGAGCCUUAUUAGAAAGAAGGCUGCAGGGCUGGAAUCAGCGGCUACAAUAAGAACCAAAGUGUUUGUGUGGGGACUGAAUGACAAGGACCAGCUGGGCGGCCUGAAGGGCUCUAAGAUAAAAGUUCCUUCGUUCUCGGAGACACUGUCUGCUUUGAAUGUAGUACAGGUGGCUGGUGGUUCUAAAAGUUUGUUUGCAGUGACUGUGGAAGGGAAGGUAUAUGCCUGUGGAGAAGCCACAAAUGGCCGGCUGGGGCUGGGCAUCUCUAGUGGGACUGUGCCCAUCCCUCGGCAGAUUACAGCUCUUAGCAGUUACGUGGUCAAGAAGGUGGCUGUUCAUUCAGGUGGCCGGCAUGCUACGGCUUUAACGGUUGAUGGGAAGGUGUUUUCCUGGGGUGAAGGUGACGAUGGCAAACUUGGACACUUCAGCAGAAUGAACUGUGACAAGCCACGGCUUAUAGAGGCCCUGAAAACCAAGCGUAUCCGAGAUAUUGCCUGUGGCAGCUCGCACAGCGCAGCCCUCACAUCCAGUGGGGAGCUGUACACCUGGGGCCUUGGAGAGUACGGCCGGUUGGGACAUGGGGAUAAUACAACACAACUGAAGCCCAAAAUGGUCAAAGUCCUUCUUGGUCACAGAGUAAUCCAGGUUGCAUGUGGAAGUAGAGAUGCACAGACCCUGGCUCUGACUGAUGAAGGUUUGGUAUUUUCCUGGGGUGAUGGUGACUUUGGAAAAUUGGGCCGAGGAGGAAGUGAAGGCUGUAACAUUCCCCAGAACAUUGAGAGACUGAAUGGACAGGGUGUGUGCCAGAUUGAGUGUGGAGCUCAGUUCUCCUUGGCUCUCACCAAGUCAGGAGUGGUAUGGACUUGGGGGAAGGGGGAUUACUUCAGGUUGGGCCAUGGCUCUGAUGUGCAUGUGCGGAAGCCGCAGGUGGUGGAAGGGCUGAGAGGGAAGAAGAUUGUGCAUGUGGCCGUCGGGGCCCUGCACUGCCUAGCAGUCACAGACGCAGGGCAGGUUUAUGCUUGGGGGGAUAAUGACCAUGGCCAACAGGGCAAUGGUACGACCACGGUUAAUAGAAAGCCCACACUUGUGCAAGGCUUAGAAGGCCAGAAGAUCACACGAGUGGCUUGUGGGUCUUCACACAGUGUGGCAUGGACUACUGUUGAUGUGGCAACACCCUCUGUCCACGAGCCUGUUCUCUUUCAGACUGCAAGAGACCCUUUAGGUGCUUCAUAUUUAGGUGUGCCUUCAGAUGCUGAUUCUUCUGCUGCCAGUAAUAAAAUCAGUGGUGCAAAUAAUUCUAAGCCAAAUCGCCCUUCUCUUGCCAAGAUUCUUCUGUCAUUGGAUGGAAAUCUGGCCAAACAGCAGGCCUUGUCUCAUAUACUUACAGCAUUGCAAAUCAUGUAUGCCAGAGAUGCGGUGGUUGGGGCCCUCAUGCCAGCUGGCAUGAUCGCCCCAGUGGAGUGUCCCUCAUUCUCCUCCUCGGCACCUCCUUCUGAUGUGUCUGCUAUGGCCAGUCCUGUGAAUGCAGAGGAAUGUGUACUGGCUAUUGAUAUUGAAGACAGACUGAGUCCAAAUCCAUGGCAAGAAAAGAGAGGAGAGAUGAUCUCUUCUGAAGAUGCCAUGACCCCCUCUGCAGUGACCCCAUCUGCUUCCUCAGCUUCUUCUAGACCAUUUAUCCCAGUGACGGAUGACCCAGGAGCUGCCAGCAUCAUUGCAGAAACUAUGACAAAAACCAAAGAGGAUGUUGAAAGCCAAAAUAAAGCAACAGGCCCAGAACCUCAGUCCUUGGAUGAAUUCACUAGUCUGCUCGUUGCGGAUGACACUCGUGUCAUGGUGGACUUGCUGAAGUUGUCCGUGUGCAGCCGGGCAGGGGACAAGGGCAGGGAUGUGCUGUCAGCUGUGCUGUCUGGCAUGGGUACCGCAUACCCACAGGUGGCAGAUAUGUUGCUGGAGCUCUGUGUCACUGAGUUGGAGGAUGUGGCCACAGACUCGCAGAGUGGUCGCUUGUCCUCUCAGCCUGUGGUGGUGGAGAGUAGCCAUCCCUACACAGACGACACUUCCUCCAGUGGAACAGUGAAGAUACCAGGUGCAGAAGGACUCAGGGUGGAGUUUGACCGGCAGUGCUCUACAGAGAGGCGCCACGACCCUCUCACAGUCAUGGAUGGUGUCAACAGGAUUGUCUCCGUGCGGUCAGGCCGAGAAUGGUCUGACUGGUCCAGUGAGCUACGCAUCCCAGGGGAUGAGUUGAAGUGGAAGUUCAUCAGUGAUGGGUCUGUGAAUGGAUGGGGCUGGCGCUUCACAGUCUAUCCCAUCAUGCCAGCUGCAGGCCCUAAAGACCUCCUUUCUGAUCGCUGUGUCCUCUCCUGUCCGUCCAUGGACUUGGUGACAUGUUUGUUAGACUUCCGGCUCAAUCUCACCUCAAACAGAAGCAUUGUCCCUCGCCUUGCAGCAUCGCUGGCAGCCUGUGCACAGCUGAGUGCCUUAGCUGCCAGUCACAGAAUGUGGGCCCUUCAGAGACUGAGGAAGCUGCUUACAACUGAAUUUGGGCAAUCAAUUAACAUAAACAGGCUACUUGGAGAUAAUGAUGGAGAAGCAAGAGCUUUGAGUUUUACAGGUAGUGCUCUUGCUGCUUUGGUAAAAGGCCUUCCGGAAGCUUUGCAAAGGCAAUUUGAAUAUGAAGAUCCUAUUGUAAGAGGUGGCAAGCAACUGCUCCACAGCCCAUUCUUUAAGGUACUGGUAGCUCUUGCUUGUGACCUGGAGCUAGACACUCUCCCUUGCUGUGCUGAGACGCACAAGUGGGCUUGGUUCCGAAGGUACUGCAUGGCCUCCCGCGUUGCUGUGGCCCUGGACAAAAGAACACCAUUGCCACGUCUUUUUCUUGAUGAGGUGGCUAAGAAAAUUCGUGAGUUAAUGGCAGACAGUGAACACAUGGAUGUUCUCCACGAGAGCCACGACAUUUUUAAAAGAGAGCAAGAUGAACAACUUGUGCAGUGGAUGAACAGGCGACCAGAUGACUGGACUCUUUCUGCGGGUGGCAGUGGAACAAUUUAUGGAUGGGGGCAUAAUCAUAGGGGACAGCUUGGGGGCAUCGAAGGUGCAAAAGUUAAAGUUCCCACUCCAUGUGAAGCUCUUGCAACUCUCAGACCUGUGCAGUUAAUUGGAGGAGAACAGACUCUGUUUGCAGUGACAGCUGAUGGAAAGCUGUAUGCCACUGGAUAUGGUGCAGGCGGCAGACUAGGAAUUGGAGGGACAGAGUCGGUAUCUAACCCAACAUUACUUGAAUCCAUUCAACACGUGUUUAUUAAGAAAGUAGCUGUGAACUCAGGAGGAAAACACUGUCUUGCCCUCUCUUCAGAAGGAGAAGUUUACUCUUGGGGUGAGGCAGAAGAUGGGAAGUUGGGGCAUGGCAACAGAAGUCCAUGUGACCGCCCUCGCGUCAUUGAGUCUCUGAGAGGAAUUGAAGUGGUUGAUGUUGCUGCCGGUGGAGCCCACAGUGCCUGUGUCACCGCAGCAGGGGACCUCUACACAUGGGGCAAAGGCCGGUAUGGCCGCCUGGGGCACAGCGACAGUGAGGACCAGUUAAAGCCAAAGCUGGUGGAAGCACUGCAGGGCCACCACGUGGUUGAUGUUGCCUGUGGUAGUGGAGAUGCCCAAACCCUCUGUCUCACUGAUGAUGACACUGUCUGGUCCUGGGGGGAUGGGGACUACGGCAAGCUUGGCAGAGGAGGCAGUGAUGGCUGUAAAGUACCCAUGAAGAUUGAUUCUCUUACAGGCCUUGGAGUGGUUAAAGUAGAAUGUGGAUCCCAGUUUUCUGUUGCCCUUACCAAAUCUGGAGCUGUUUAUACAUGGGGCAAAGGUGACUAUCACAGGCUGGGCCAUGGAUCUGACGACCAUGUUAGAAGACCUCGGCAGGUUCAGGGGUUGCAGGGGAAGAAAGUCAUUGCCAUUGCCACUGGCUCCCUGCAUUGUGUGUGCUGCACUGAGGACGGUGAAGUUUAUACGUGGGGCGACAAUGAUGAGGGACAACUGGGAGAUGGAACCACAAAUGCUAUCCAGAGGCCUCGGUUGGUAGCUGCCCUUCAGGGUAAGAAGGUCAACCGGGUGGCCUGCGGCUCAGCACACACCCUUGCCUGGUCAACCAGCAAGCCUGCCAGUGCUGGGAAGCUGCCUGCCCAGGUUCCCAUGGAAUACAAUCACUUGCAGGAAAUCCCCAUAAUAGCACUGCGGAACCGGCUGCUGCUUCUGCAUCACAUCUCAGAGCUCUUCUGCCCCUGUAUCCCCAUGUUCGACCUGGAGGGCUCUCUGGAUGAAACUGGACAUGGGCCUUCUGUGGGGUUUGACACUCUACGAGGAAUUCUGAUAUCCCAGGGAAAGGAGGCAGCUUUCCGUAAAGUAGUACAAGCAACUAUGGUGCGAGAUCGCCAGCAUGGGCCUGUGGUAGAGUUGAACCGAAUUCAGGUCAAACGUUCAAGGAGUAAAGGUGGCCUAGCAGGCCCCGACGGGACCAAGUCUGUCUUUGGGCAGAUGUGUGCUAAGAUGAGCUCGUUUAGUCCUGACAGCCUCCUCCUCCCCCACCGUGUCUGGAAAGUCAAGUUUGUGGGUGAAUCUGUGGAUGACUGUGGUGGUGGCUACAGUGAGUCCAUAGCUGAGAUCUGUGAAGAACUGCAGAAUGGACUCACCCCCCUUCUGAUCGUGACGCCCAAUGGUAGAGAUGAGUCAGGUGCCAACCGUGACUGCUACCUGUUCAGCCCGGCCGCUAGGGCGCCCGUGCACACCAACAUGUUCCGCUUUCUGGGUGUGUUACUAGGCAUUGCUAUCCGGACUGGGAGUCCCUUGAGCCUCAACCUGGCUGAGCCUGUUUGGAAGCAGCUGGCUGGGAUGAGCCUCACCAUUGCAGACCUCAGCGAGGUUGAUAAAGAUUUUAUCCCUGGGCUGAUGUACAUCCGUGACAAUGAAGCCACCUCAGAGGAGUUUGAGGCCAUGAGCCUGCCCUUCACUGUGCCAAGUGCAAGUGGUCAGGACAUCCAGCUGAGCUCCAAGUACACACACAUCACCCUGGACAACCGUGCAGAGUAUGUUCGGCUGGCAAUAAACUACAGACUCCAUGAAUUUGAUGAGCAGGUGGCUGCUGUUCGGGAGGGAAUGGCCCGAGUUGUGCCUGUCCCCCUUCUUUCUCUGUUCACUGGAUAUGAAUUGGAGACAAUGGUGUGUGGCAGCCCAGAUAUCCCUCUGCAUCUUUUAAAGUCGGUGGCAACGUACAAAGGGAUCGAGCCUUCUGCGUCCCUGAUCCAGUGGUUCUGGGAGGUGAUGGAGUCCUUCUCCAACACAGAGCGUUCCCUCUUCCUUCGCUUUGUGUGGGGCCGGACGAGACUGCCCAGGACCAUCGCAGACUUCCGGGGCAGAGACUUUGUCAUCCAGGUAUUGGAUAAAUACAACCCUCCUGACCACUUCCUUCCUGAGUCCUACACCUGCUUCUUUUUGCUGAAGUUGCCUAGGUAUUCCUGUAAGCAGGUGCUGGAGGAGAAGCUGAAAUAUGCCAUCCACUUUUGCAAAUCAAUAGACACAGAUGAUUACGCUCGCAUAGCCCUUACGGGAGAGCCGGCUGCUGAUGACAGUAGUGACGACUCGGAGAACGAGGAUGUGGAUUCAUUUGCUUCAGACUCUACACAGGAUUAUUUAACAGGACACUGAGAUAGAGAAAUGCCAUUCAUCGCAAGACACCACAAGACUGAGCAAGAAGGCAGAGCAUUACAGUUUAGAGUGCAGGAGGUAUAAUGUAUUUGAUGAGAAAUAUUAGGUCUCUAAAAUGCAUGGGGGUGGUCAGGGAGACUGAUCGCUGGUGAUUGAACAAUGAAUGGAAUAAUGAUUGGGAAAUCAGCCCUUGCACGAGGGGCACUAUGUGGACACUAACAUUUAUUUUUGAGACUUAAAAGGGUCUUCUCACCCAUAAUGCUGCAUUACAUGUAGGACUUCUGUGUUUACUACAGUGUGUAAAUGUUUAUAUAAAUACUGAAUUGCAGCAUCCCAAAAUGAAUAAAAAGCCUUUUUACUUGUGGGUGCAA